AUGGGACAUGAAACUACAAGAUUGAAUGGGCGCCACCGAAGAUCUACUGGAGAUCUACUUGCCUACGUCACCCAUUUAUGGCAAUCUUCAAUGGAAAAACACGGGGAAUCUCUAGCUGUCGCGUUGGACAUAUCGUGCAGAUCGCUUCACGUGGUGGUGGACGGUGUAUCGUCUGAUACCAUUGGCAUCAAUUCCGGUGUUCCACAAGGAUCAAUUUUGGCACCAACAUUAUUCCUGCUUCAUAUCAAUGAUCUGUUGGGAGAAACUAAGAACUCACGGCGCAGGCAGGUCAAUGCUGUCAAUGAAGAUCUUGCUGAAAUCACAGCCUGGGGAACGAACAACCUAGUUGAAUUCAACGCCACCAAAACUCAAGCCUGCAUUUUCUCUAGAAAGGCGGAACUCAGUAUACCCGAUAUUGUAAUGUCUGGCUCCACCAUCCCCACCAAGCCCACCAUAUCUAUGCUCGGUAUUACCAUCAGCAACACUCUUUCAUGGGAUAAUCAUGUCAGAUCCAUCGCAAAAGCUGCUUCACAAAAACUCGGAUUCUUGUUCCGUGCGAAAAGCUACUUUACACCUCAACAGCUUCUCAUGAUCUACAAAGCGCAGAUACGGCCUGUUCUAGAAUACUGUUCCCACAUAUGGGGUUCAGCACCAAAACAUACGCUGAUGCUCUUAGAUUCCAUCCAGAGAAGAGCCAUUCGCCUGGUGAGUGACGCCACACUCACUCACUCUUUGACAUCAUUGGAACACCGUAGAAAGGUCGGCGACCUUUCACUUUUCUAUCGAUACUUCCACGGGAAAUGUUCUUCGGAAAUCUCUGCAAUCAUCCCUUCACUAGCAAUACCAAUCAGACGAACAAGACAAGCCCAGUCAGCACAUCCUUUUGUUGUCAACCUCGAAAGAUGUCGAACAGAACUUUAUCAAGACUCCUUCAUCCAUAGAACGGCUAGGCUCUGGAAUUCAUUGCCCGUGGAAUAUUUCACAAGAGAGAAAGAUAAUAAUGGUCCUUUAAUCCCGUUUACUUCCAUACAACAGCAUGUUGCUAAUGCCCUCAAUAUUAAUCUGCGGACAGUUUCGAGUAUUAAAGUAUGUUCUGAGAGAAACGAAAGUUUGAGUACGCCAGGGAAACCAAGGACUAAAAAAAAACCCAAGACAGUAGAUCAGCAUGAUAAUUUGAAAAUGGAAAAAAACACAUCACUUAGAAUUUUGAAAGAAGAACUCAGAUUUACACAUAUUCUUGAUACAAGUAUAGGCACAUUGAGCAAACUUCUCACAAAUGUAGGACUCAAACAUAAAAAAGAAGACAACAGACGGUUAUUGGCUGAGAAGAUGGACAUAUCUUUAAUGAGAGCAGAGUUUUUCAGAAAGUUUUAUGAAAAUCGCAAUUCUACUUACCCUAGACAAAUCGUCUUCAUAGAUGAAACUUGGAUAUUUGCGAAAGGGAAUAAGAUGAGAUCAUGGCAAAUCAAAGUACAAAACGCGUUGGUAAACCAGAAGGUUAUGAUGGGAAACGAUUUAUUGUACUUCAUGCUGGCCAUAGUGGCCACAGUGUUCUGCUUUGUCACGAUCACAGACUACUUCACAAAAGCAUUAAAUUGGUGUGUAUCGGGUCACAUACCAACCCAUACGUAUAUACAUGCCAAAGUUCUGAUACAUGUUUUUGCUUUCAAUAAAUUGACGAAUUAA